GUGAUUUAAACCGGAAGCGGGAAGUUUUUUUUUUGUUGAGCGGGACUGAGGUCCCGGGAGCCCCGCAAUGAAGCUGCCAGAGUCUGUGAUGGCGCAAAAUCCUGUGUCUUUUCAGAGGCUUCAGGAACAGUGCGAGGAACAAGAGUUGGAGGCUCCAGGUGGUAUUGCCAGCCCUCAGGUGUACAACCAGCUCUUGGCAUUGUACUUGCUGCAUAAUGACUUGAAUAAUGCACGUUAUUUGUGGAAAAGAAUCCCGUCGGCAAUCAAAUCCUCCCACUCUGAGCUUGGUGGGAUCUGGGAAGUAGGACAGAAGAUUUGGCAGAGAGAUUUCCCAGGGAUCUACACAUCCAUCUCUGCAUAUCAGUGGUCUGAGAACAUCCAACAAAUCAUGGAGGCUGUAAGAGAUGCGACACAACAGCGAGCUUUUGGUUUGGUUUCCCAAGCAUAUACCUCGAUUUCUGCAGAUGAUUUUGCAGCUUUUGUUGGUCUUCCUGUAGAGGAGGCUGUUAAAGGAGUGUUAGAACAGGGUUGGCAGGCUGAUUCAGCCACUGGGAUGGUAAUGCCAAAAAAGCCAGAUUCUGCGCCCUUGUCUUUGAUCCCCAACGAACAGCAGCUGGCCAGACUUACUGACUACGUGGCUUUCCUAGAGAAUUAAAGCUCCCUCCUACUUCAAAAUCAAAAGGCGCUGGCAGAGUGAAAUCCUCUGCACCUCCAAACCCACACACAUCAAUCAUUGAACUUUUUCUCUACUGUGUGAGCUUAUGUCUGAAGUUGGAAAGGGUUAACCCAGAUGGGAGACCAUGAAGCAUUCUGUUGGCUUGGGUGCUGUGCAUGUGAACCUCUUUACUGUAGCUCUGUGCAGUGCAAUUUGUUGUAGGCACCUCUAACAAUAAACUGGUUAAGAUACUGCAUAGUCAUGUAUGAAUGAUUGCUCUUUAACACAUUAAGUGUUGAAUGCUCGUUGUUCUACAAUUAGGAGUUAAGACUUACCAGUGAAUUGCAUAAGCGAGGCAUGCUCUUAUGGCAAAGGAAGUGUGUUUUUUUUUUUUUUUGGUUUUUUUUUUUUUUUCCAUUUUGAACUCCAUGAAUAAAUAGUCUAAUACUGUCCCACAGCAAAUGUAGACCUGUGUCAUAUUCAGUAAGCUGUUUUCAAGGUGAGAAUUCAUCUGGUAGAGGGAUUAUGACGUGAGCUACUGGCAGUUCUCAAACUGUGAGACUGAGACCCAAUGACAAUCUGGUGUAAAUGUGCUAGCAAAUGUUAACCCUUCUGUAUCUAUGAACCGAUGUUACAUGGCUGCAUCCUUUAAGGAUAUUUACCAUCUAUUUAAAGAUAUUAAAAUUGUGACUUCCAACAAAAGUUUUUCUGUUGAUGGGAUUCAGGGAGUUGUGAUUCAGUUGUGAGAGCCCCUGUUGCCCAUCACUCUAAUAACGCUUUGGCUAUUGUCACAGAUUGGUUUGGUUCAUAAAUAUAUAGGAUUUUUAUGUAUACCCUUAAAAUGCACAAGCGAGAGAGAUGCCUGUUCCAUAAGAAAGGUCUGUAGUGACUCAGUGGGCAGUUACCCAUCAACCAAUCAAAUUUUUUUACACUUCUUUCUAUUCAGGCCCUCUCCUAUUCAUAUUUUAGCCUCUUAUUUAAAUCAGUGCAUGGUUACUACGGUAAUGUGGGACAUGGCAGCCAAAUUGCUAAAAUUGCAAUCUGGAGAGUUGCUGAAGCAAAAGUUGAAUAACAAAAAAUGAAAACUAGUGGCAAAUUGUCUAAUAAUAUCUCACUCUACAUCAUACUAAAGGUUAAUCUAAAUGUUUCCCAACAGAUUUUACUUUGAGACAGUCUCAGAAAUGUUGUCAUUGCACCUUAUCUUGUUACAUGUGAAAAUGUGCUUAAUAGACUGAGGUUUGAGUAAUGCAAGAUAACUGCUCUAGCUGAACUAUAAAUGCAAACAGGAUGGCUUUUGUACGUCCUUCUGUUCUUAGAUGUCCUUUAAAAGUGACAUUAAAACUGUUAAUUCCAUACUA